GGGUUGUGUAGCAAUUGCGAUUCUAAAAUGUCAGCUGCACUAAUCAGAAAGAGUUUUUCAUUUAUUAAAAAUUUAAAUAAAUUUAAUAAUAAUUUGCAUUUGGCUUAUGCGGCCACCCUGCCUAAACCUGUUGAGAAACCGGACGUGAAAUACACAAAAAUAUUUUUGAACAAUGAAUGGGUUGAUUCAGUGUGUGGCAAAACUUUCAAAACCAUAAAUCCAGCUACCGAAAGUGUGAUCUGUGAAGUAGCCGAAGGAGACAAGGCAGAUGUGGAUAGAGCUGUGAAGGCAGCCAGAGAUGCAUACAAAUUAGGAUCACCAUGGAGAAUGAUGGAUGCCUCUGAAAGAGGGGUUCUAUUAAACAGAUUGGCCGAUCUUAUCGAGAGAGAUCGUGUUUUGUUAGCUUCAUUGGAAUCAUUGGACAAUGGAAAACCAUACAGCUAUGCCUACAAUGCAGAUUUGGAUUUAUCCAUUAAAUGCUACAGAUACUAUGCUGGCUAUGCAAAUAAGAACCAUGGAAAGACUAUACCAAUAAAUGGGGAGUACUUCAGUUACACCAGGCAUGAACCUGUUGGCAUAUGUGGUCAGAUCAUACCUUGGAAUGUCCCAUUACUGAUGCAAGCAUGGAAACUGGCCCCGGCUCUGGCGAUGGGGAACGUUGUUAUAUUGAAGACAGCCGAACAGACUCCGCUGUCUGCCAAUUAUGUUGCUGCCCUCUCAGCUGAAGCCGGAUUUCCGCCAGGGGUGAUUAGUGUCAUUCCGGGGUUCGGACCAACAGCAGGGGAGGCGAUAGCUCGCCACCCCCACAUCCACAAAGUCGCAUUUACCGGUUCGACAGAGGUGGGUAAACUCGUAGCUCAGGCAGCGGCUCAGACUAAUCUGAAGAGAGUCUCGCUCGAGCUGGGCGGCAAAAGUCCUAAUAUCGUGCUAGCCGAUGCAGAUUUGGAUGAGGCCGUGGACACUGCAAACUUUGGCUUGUUUUUCAACCAGGGGCAAUGCUGCUGUGCUGGGUCCAGAAUUUUUGUGGAGGAAAAUAUUUACGACCAAUUUGUCGAAAAGUCCGUAGAAAAAGCCAAAAAUAUGGUUGUAGGUGACCCAUUUGAUGGCAACGUUGUUCAAGGACCUCAGGUGGACGAAGUACAGGCAAAUAAGAUAAUGCAGUUAAUAGCAAGUGGCAAAAAAGACGGCGCAAAGUUAUGCACCGGUGGCCAGAGAUUACAUCGGAAGGGUUACUUCAUACAGCCAACUGUCUUUGCUGACGUUAAGGAUGGCAUGAGGAUUGCUAGAGAAGAGAUUUUUGGACCAGUGAUGCAAAUAUUGAAAUUCAAAAGUUUGAAAGAGGUCAUAGAAAGAGCGAAUGAUUCUGAAUACGGGCUGGCGGCCGCUGUAAACACGAAGGAUAUUGAAAAGGCUCUCUACCUAGCGCACAGACUUGAUGCUGGAACUGUCUGGGUGAAUUGCUAUGACGUGUUCGAUGCGGCUGCCCCAUUUGGCGGGUUCAAAGCAUCAGGGCAUGGUAGGGAGAUGGGAGAGUAUGGCUUAGAAGUUAUACAGAAGUUAAAACGGGCUUUAAUAAGCAUGUAA